AUGGGCGGUAGAGACGAGAGAGAGGGAAAUUGGUUCGAGGGCCUUGCGGGCUGGGCGCACGGGGGGAUGCUUGGCGGGUCGACCAAUGGGCAGGGCAGGGACACCACGCUGGGGUGA